CUGAUCCAAUUGAAACCAAUACUUUCUGUUUUAUUGUUCCCUCCAGAAGCUAAAGCCUAUUUGAAAACCAGUAAUGAGAGAAACUUUAUUCAGACUAAACAAUCUUUUAGAUGGGCUUUGCGUCAAUAGAUAUAGAGGUUUUCUCAAUUCUACUAUUGCAGCUUCCAGAACUCCCUCCCACAAUUUUGUUUUGGUUCAACAAAAACGAUACAAUAGUCAAAAGUCAAAACAAAGAAUAGGGAUUAACCAACUUGGGAUUAUGUUUGAUAUAUAUAUUCCUCCUUCAUAUUCAAGUUAUCCCAAUUUUUUUAAACAUCCAUCGGUUUUUGUUCGAAAUCUUCUUAGAAGGUACUAUUUAUUGGGCCUUAACACUUUGCAAAUUGCAUCUGCUAGGUUUCAGGGUGGUUUAAAACCAAAAUUUCUAUUGUGGAAAAAUCAAGCAAUAGAGAGCUACAUCAAGGUCAAUCAGUCAUUUGUGGGUAAAGAUUUGACAAUAUCGUCCAAUUAUUCCACGAUAUGGGUUCAAGAUGCUCUAAACAAACGGAUUCAAUCUUUACCAAAAAAUGUGUAUUUUGACUGGAAGCUAAUUAAAUUUAAUAAAAACCCUAAACUAGUUACUUUUAUGCCAUUUUUAAUUCCGGGAGAACCAUUGGAUAAAGUUUUAAUAGUUUAUAAGUUUGACACUAUUCAAAGAGUAAUUAAAUAUAAUCUCAAAAACAACCAAAUGGACAAAAAAGAUCGAAACGUGAAUGAAUAUCUUGGAUUCAUUGUUGAUAUCGAUAACAACAAUGUUUUAUUGACUGGAAGUUUAUUUGAAAGCUCCAUUUACGAUAAAGUCAAUUUGGGUCAAUCAAAGCUUCCAGGAACAUGUAUGAAAGUUCAUGGCGAUAUUUUUCGGACAAGCAACAAAGAAUUAGAACUAGCUUUGGUCAAAAAAUAAAGCUAAUUUUGUUUCAGUUUAUUUUCCACUUAGUGGUGCAGCAUUGUGUUUUGUAUAUAGAAUUGUUUUCUUGUUUUAUCCAAUGAACAAAAAUAAUUUCUCUAAUUAAUAAAUAUGCAAUUUAUUUAAAAGAAAAUAAAAAAGGUCCCU